AUGGAGACGGAUGACUUGCACACACGAUAUGCGCAGCUAUAUCAGCGCCGCGCCUUCCAAGAGGGCCAGGCUCAGACCGAUCAAGAAAGCAGCGAUUCUGCGAGGACCAGGCCAGAUGAGAGCGCGUUAGAAACGGAUCCGGAUGGCACUUCCACGGGACGUACCAACAAGAAAACUUCACCAGGGGAAACGAUCCCUGAGCCAGCUGAGGGAAGUAUUCCGGCUGCUUCAGCAUCUCUACGGUCUGCCCAAUCACCGCCCCCCACGAUACGCUUCACGCUUUGGUAG